AUGCCUACUACACAAAGUAAACCAACUUCUGGCGACGACAUAAAUAAAGCAAAACAAUUAUAUCAUGAUAUAAAUGAUUAUUUGGAUUGUUUGGCGGAAAUAAUACAAUCCGAAGUACAAGAAUUAGACGAUGAGGAUUCUGACGAUGAAGAAUUAUCUCCCAUUGCCUUGCAAUUCUUAAAAGACUAUAAAGAAUACGUCUCCUCACCAUCUCAAGUUCAUACACAACUUCUCGAUUCUGGUUCUUCUUCUACCUCGUCCUCAGGCUCCUCCUCAUCCUCACGACUACAAAAAAAGCGGUUUUGGAUGUAUUCUCAAACGAAUCAAAUGUUACAAUCACUUCCUCCGAAGCUACUCAACUUUAAUCCAAAAUUAUGUGAAGCAAAGAUAGAUUAUAGUGCACAAGCCUCUCCAUCAUUCUCCGCUUCUCCUUCCGACACAACUAACAUCAAUAACGAAAAGUUACUUAUUAAUAACACUAGCACAACCGUUGCAUCAUUGAAAGCUCAUUUAGCAAAAGAACAAGAAAAGAAUUGUAUCGUUAUUCGCCAACCGCAAUAUGCUUCUGUUGAGGAGAAAAAUUUCGUUUUUGUUGUUAAAAAAUCAACUGCAGCUAUUGUCGCUCCUCCUAAACUCGUUGAAUCACCUAUUAAAGAGAAAAUUGAAGUAAUAUCUGAAAAAUCCGAAGAAAUUGAAAACAUUUCAUCAGAAAAAGUUAAAAAGAAUCCAAUCAGCCUCGAUUUGAUUUCCAAUUUCAUUGCCAUUACGAAGGUUGGAUUUUCCAAGUCUCAACUUUCUCAACUUUCUUCGCUCAUGUGGACCGAGUGA